CAUGCUGAGAGCCUCAGCAGAGUCGGUGGACACAUGUCGCGAAGCUUUUCAAAGGACGGUGAAAAACAUUCGUGUGACAAUUCGAUCGAAAAACCCAUGGUGCUGAAAUUGCCCAAUUCUAAUAUUUACUGUGAAAUUGUAACAAAUUUAUUAUAACGAUACGCCAAUUUUAUUUGUGAUAUUGAUCAAUUUUCUCAUAGUUUACAUGGAUUUUUAGUUUUGGACUAGUUGUGAAGUGUUAUAAUAUUGUGUUUAUUCAUUUUUAGAUAUUUGUGCUUUAUUUAAGUUCUUCAAUUGGAUUUUUCGCGGUAAAUUCUCAAGUCGUUCAAACGAGAGUUACGCUGAGGAAUGAUUGGCCGUGAAGGAAUUAAAAACAGAAGAUAACUAAAUUGGCCAGGAAGCGGCCGAUUUAUUGUUUUACGCGCAAUUACCAGCGGGGAGGCCCGCCGUGUGGAUGGUGGCGGGCGAAUGGGGCUAUGCGCCGGUGUCGGCCACACCCGCCAUGAACGCUUUCCUUGAAACGAACCACGCGCAUCUCGCUUCUUACGGCCUGAAGAUGUCACCACAGCCGGCGUGCGGCGUCGGCACGCAGCACCGCGCCGCCGCGCCGCACCCGCCGCCCCAUCAUCCGCCGCACUACCAACCGUACCCGCUACACUCCUAUCAGCCGGGUUACCUCCGGGAGUACAGCGGAUGCGGCGAACUGUUCCCGCAGCAACCUCUCGAACAGAGCUGGGACUGGCGCGGCGACGUGCACUACCAAGGAGGUGCUCCACCUCUAGUACCUCACGCCCAUCCACACACGCCACACGCCUUUCUUCGAUAUGUACGAGCGCCUCCGCGACGGGAUAUGCGGUGUCAGUGGCUGGACCCUGAUCAACCACCGCCGAGAAAACUAUGCAACAAGUUGUUUUCAAGCAUGCACGAAAUAGUGACGCAUUUGACGGUAGAGCACGUGGGAGGGCCGGAAUGCACAACACACGCGUGCUUCUGGCAAGGUUGUUCGAGGAAUGGGAGACCCUUCAAAGCGAAAUACAAACUUGUGAAUCACAUUAGAGUGCACACCGGAGAGAAGCCGUUCCCCUGUCCGUUCCCAGGCUGUGGGAAGGUGUUUGCGAGAUCGGAAAAUUUGAAGAUUCAUAAACGGACGCAUACAGGUGAAAAACCAUUUAAAUGCGAAUACGCUGGUUGUGAUAGGCGAUUCGCCAACUCUUCGGACAGGAAAAAGCAUUCCCACGUACACACAUCAGACAAGCCGUAUAACUGCAGAGUGCACGGAUGCGACAAGUCUUAUACCCACCCAUCUUCGCUACGUAAGCAUAUGAAGGUACACGGCGCGGCUGGUGACGCGUCCCCGAGGUAUGACAGCGACGGCGAUGACUCCUCGUCCGCUGGAAGCGUGAGCGUUACCGCCGGCGCCGCGAGCCCACCCGUUCCUAUACCACCGCCCCCAGUACCGCCCGCUCCGCACCACCCUCAACACCACCUCACUAUCACAGAUAAAUUAGAAAGUCUCAACGAUAAAUAUCUAAAUCCGCACGACCAGAAAAGCUACGAGCGCCCGCCAGCUCCACCGCAUCACGCGCAACCACCUCAUUUAACUAACAUCGGCGGUAAUGGCAUGAUGGAUAACAAAAUCGGCUUUAGUGGUCACUGGGGGCAAUUCCAGCAGCCGGCCCCAGCGGUUCCUCAUGGUGUUCCGGAAUGGUGGUGUCCCUCGCAAGAAUCGUAUCAUCACCAUCAUCUUAUGCAUCAUUCUGGCGCGGCUGCCGCUUACUGACCCCAUCGCGCUUAGGGAACUCUUCAUUCUUCGUUAAUUGAAUAAUAAUAUACUUAAUCGUGCCUAACUGUUCAUAAAACCUAUAAAUUUAUAUAAACUUUAAUUUCACUAAUCCGCCUAAAGCUUUAACGAGAGAUUUUUGAAAAACGAACGUAGAAUGAAAGUUCACUUAAGCGCUGCUUGGUUUUAAAAAUGUUACGCUUAUAAAUAAAUAUUAUCUGUAUUUCUUGAUAUUUCCAAUGUAACUCCUUUUAAUUGAUAUAUUCUUAUACUGAGGCCAAUUAUAGCCGUCCGAAUGAUUUUUAAUAUUGAAUCCUACAGACUGUAAGUAAAGGGUUAUUUAAAAGAGUAUGAACAAUAAAUAGAAAUUGAAUUGUGGUGUUAAAACAAAAAAACUAAAAACAAUGACAGAUUCAUUGAAAGGUUUACAGCAUGUUGUAUAUCUCCCAUAAAUAAAGUCGUAUUGUGUCUUAUUAUAUUUUAGAGAUAUUCUAUUUUAUUGUCUGCGAGAGACCAUUGUAAUGUUUAUAGCAUUUUACACCAUGCAACGUGGAAGCAACAAAAAUUUUGUCAACCUCGUUGACAGUGAUUAAUUGCAACUUUCAGAUAUUUUAAAGCAUUUUUAAAAUGUACUUACAAACAGUUGUAUUGUUAAAUUGCUAGAAUUCUCACAAUAUGAUUUUAAAUAUUCUUAUAAGUGUGUUAAAACAACGAAAUUUCUUAAUGUUUCAUAUAACCAAAUAUGAGAUACCUAAGUAGGUACAGAUCUAUGUAUUGAAAUAUAUUCUUAAAUAAUUUUAUAUAAAAUCUUUUCACAAUAUACUAUCGUCACAUGCUAAUUAUUUUGCAAAUGUCUUAAAUAAAUAUAAUAAGGUAAGGCCAAAGCACCCAAGUCCAAUAAUGCUACUCUAAAUAGAAGUAAGAUGUAUAAAUAAUUAUUGUAAAUUAUUUAGUUGUUAGGCAUUUACUGUGUAUAAUAUUUGAGGACAAAAUGCCCAGUGAUAAUAGAAUUAAGCGAUUCAUUUAUUGUAAAUUAAAUAUUAUGUGUUGUCGCUACAAAAAGAUAAUUGUGCUAUCUACUGUACAUUAUGACUUCAUGAAUUUUAUAAUAAUAAACUAUUUUUUCACGAACCGGACCUAGAUAAAGAAAUAUUUUAUAGCAAAACGACUGAAAUAUAACUAAGUAUAUAUGUUAAGUUAAAUACAGAUAAGGAAUUGUUGAUCGUCUUUUCUACAGCCAUGUAAAUAGCAAAAAAUAAAAUA